GGUCCCCGUCUUCUCCAAUAUGUUUCGGUAUAAAUAGCCAAACUCCUUCAUGACAUUGUAAUCUAACUUCCUUCGUCCCUCCAUCAUCGAAGCAGAUAUAUAAUUAAUGGCUUCAGAACAGAAAACUUACCGGUUUGACGAGGUAUCAAAGCACAACGAAUACGAUGAUAUAUGGUUGAUCGUUUCCGGAAAGGUUUAUGAUGUAAGCAUGUUUUUGCUCGAACACCCCGGAGGUGCUGAAGCUAUGAUAGCAGCAACUAAUAAAGAUGCGACGAGUGAUUUUGAGGAGGCUGGACAUAAAGAUGAAACUAGAGAAAUGAUGCAGAAAUUUUGUAUCGGUAAGAUCGAUGAAUCAACUCUUCCAUCAAGACGCCGACACAAUGUAUCUACAACUAAUAAGAUCUCUAGUUUAGACCCGACUCAAGAACUCAUGGUCAAGAUACUAAAGUUUCUUGUGCCAUUCUUGGUACUGGGCUUGACUUUCACAGUCCUACAAUAAAGAGAAAUGCUAGAUUUUAUGUUGUUUACUUAAUAAAAAUGUGUGCUUGAUUUAACGUACUUUUUAUUUGUAAUUUAUGUGCAUUGUAAUUGAAGAGUUGAAGAAAUGCUUGAUUCCCUUCUUUCUUUC